AUGGCGAUGCGUCGUGCCGCGAAGGCGGCCGAGCAGGCCGUGCCUCAGGUGCUGCGAUGCGUGACGUCGUCGGGCGCGCGCGCGGCGGGCGGCGCGGUGCCGAUGGUGGACGAGAUGAUCGCGAUGGUCCGCAGCGCAGAAAUGCGGGGGCAGCCUGCGGCGGGAAUGGACAUCCUGCGGAGCGGUUUGUCGAUGCCGCAGGUGAAACAGAGCGUCAUUGACGCGGGAAGAAUCACAGUCGCGAUGGCGGAGGUCGCGAGCGACUCCGGCGACGACGGCGCUGCGGCCACGCUUGCUGAGGACGCACUGGCGCAGCUGGCCAAGGGCGGCGGCUGGUCCUUCGAACUCGCCCUCCAGGCCACGCACGUCGGCACUCUGUCCCUGCUGCGGCAAGGCAAGGACGAAGCGGCGCAGCAGCUCGCGCAGGCCGCGUGUGAGCGGGCGCCGACGCCCAAGUCGGGUUCGGACCUGGACGCAGUGCGCCGCACUGGGCUGUCCGCGGCGAAGCGAUUCCUCGCGCACACGCGGCUGUGCUGCGGAGACUUCGACGGUGCUGGGAAGGCCGCGGACGAGGCGGAGGAGAUGGAUCGCGGGCUUGGAUCGAUCAGCGGGGCGGACGCGGACACGCGCCUGCUGUGUCCCGCCGCGCUGCUGCGGGCCGGCACGGUGCUGGGCGUCCUGGAGCGCGGGGACGACGCGAAGCGCAUGCUGCAGUGCGCGGGGGAUCUGGCAACGGUCGGGGCGCGCGGAGCGGACUCCCCCGGGGGUGUCAACGACGCGAGGGCCGCGGUGCUGAACCACCCUGUGGCGCUGCAGCUGGUGUCCGCGGAUGCGCACGCGCAGCUCGCGCAGGCGCAGCUGCGCGCGCGCGCGUGGAGCGACGCCGAGAAGAGCCUCGAGAGCGCGCUGUCGGCUGCGGAGGCGCUUCCAAAGGGCACAGUGCAUGACGUUGCUGUCGGCACCGUCCUGAUGCUCACGGCGUCGGCGUACGUCAACACGGCGCGGUUCGCCAUGGCAGAAGGCCUCUUCGUCGAGGCGGGCAAGAUGAUCGGGGUGCCUCUGCUGGACUUCAUGUCCCUGGAUGCCAACACGGCGACGGCGCGCGCCAAGUGCCACGGAACGACCGUCGCGCACCUUCUGUGGAGGUUCGGGGAGAUGGUCAACAUGGUGGAGAAUCGGCGCCACCAGGGAAAGAAGCUGCAGGGCGUGGCUGCCGAUGUCUGGAAGAAGCACGCGGCGACCCACAACGACCCAGGCGCGGUGCUCGGGAACCUCAAGGACGGCACGGGCGCAGCGCACGUCAUCAACCUCUCGAUCGGCCGCGUCCUGUUCCGGCCGCGGCGCAGCGAGUGA